AGGCCCCAGCUCAGAUCUGUAGGUUUAGCGAAGAGGGGGGGAAUGGAAAUGGUUGAGGGCGAUUGGUGUGUAAUGCACUGCUGUGACUAUAUUCCAUGAUCCAUCCUCUUCUGUCUGCCCAUUGCCGAGACGACAUCAUACGAUGGGCUGCGGAGGGAGGGAAUUAAACCGUAAAGCUGUCUUGACAAUUUGACGAUUGGCCUGGCGUCAUCAUGUCACAUGUGGGCGGGCUCACUACUUAGCAAUCUGACAACACCCCUCCCAACCUCCCAACCUCCUACUCUCAACCUCUCUCUCUCUCUCUAUUCCUCUCGUCAGCUCAUCCACUGUCCCAUGGUCAUGCUCAAUAGGAUCAGAGUCCGUCACCUCCUGCUCACCCUAACAAUUGCUCUCAUCGCCACCCUCAUUGCACGGUACAUGUCCUACAGUUCAAUCCUCCACGGCAACGCCCGACAGACCUUCUUUCGCUACCUGACCACCACAUUCCGGUCCAUAGUCACGACACCAACAAUCAUCAUGGCCACCUCACCAACCGAAGCAACCCGCCCCGUGAUCAUAGUCGGCUCAGGCCUCGCCGGCCUCGCAGCAGCCCACGAAGCCCUCCGAGCCGGCGCAGCCGUGGUGAUGCUCGAACAGGCCGCGAAACCGGGCGGGAACAGCAUCAAGGCCUCGUCCGGCAUCAACGGCGCCGGCACGCGAUUCCAAAAGGCCAGCGGCAUCACCAACGACUCCGCCGACCUGUUCCGCAGCGACACCAUCCGGUCCGCCGGAUCCCGGCUCCAGACCAGGAAAGAAGGCGGCAUCGACCGCGCAUCCCUCGUCCACGCGCUGGCCACCCACUCCGCCUCCGCCAUCCACUGGCUCGCCGACGAGAUCGACGUCGAGCUCCCCGUCGUCGCCGCCCUGGGAGGCCACUCCGUCGCGCGGACCCACCGCGGCGCGGGAAAGGUCCCACCCGGCGCCGCCAUCGUGUCCGGCCUCCUGCAGAAACUCGUCCGAUUCCCCGGUUUCGCGCUUCACACGUCGGCCCGGGUCGCGCAACUCCACGUCGACGACAAGGGGAACGUGCGCGGCGUGCGCUACGUGCGGAAAAGCGAAAACGGGCAGAACAAGCCGCCCGGGCCGCCGCGAGAGCGGGAACAAAAGGGAGAGCAGAUCGACGUCUAUGGCCCCGUCGUGUUCACCGCGGGCGGCUUCGCAGGCGACGCGCUCGGUCUGCUGGCGCGCUAUCGCCCGGACCUGGCAGGCCUGCCCUCGACAAACGAAGCCCGGCCCGGCCCGCACGGGCUAUUAACCAACACCCGUAGAUCCACCACCAGCGGCAGCAGCAGCAGCAGCGGCAUGGCGGGCGUAGGCGCGGAACUAGUCGACAUGGACAGCGUGCAAGUCCACCCCACGGGGUUCGUCGACCCCCGCGACGCAAACUCGCCCUACAAGAUCCUCGCGGCCGAGAUGCUCCGCGGCGAAGGCGGCAUCCUCCUCUCGCCGCAGGGCCGGAGGUUCGUUAACGAGCUGGAGAGGCGGGACGUCGUCAGCGAGGCCAUCAUGGCCCUGCCGCCUCCCGUCGACGACGAAGAAGAAGAAGAAAACGGUAAUCGGGACCCAAGACAGUGGGACGUGGCGCUGCUGCUGGACCCCGGCGCCAUGGACGCCACCGCCGCCCACCUCAGCUUCUACCUCUUCAAGGGCCUCGUGGAGAAAAAGAAAGUCAAGGACCUCGACCCCGCCGUCAUCGAGGCUGUGGAUCGGUACGCCGAAUCCGUGGCGUCCGGGCGAGGAGACGACGAGUUCGGUCGCCGCACCUUCGGCCGUUGGCGGUUGAUGCCGGGGGAGGCGAACCGCGAAGAGGAGGUCUGCAUCGGGAGGGUGACGCCCGUGGUGCAUUUCACCAUGGGCGGCGUCGCCUUUGACAACAAGGCCCGCGUCUUGCGGAGGGCCGGGGAGGAGGGUGGUGCUCUGGUCCCCGUUCCCGGACUUUGGGCGGCGGGGGAGAUCACCGGCGGGCUUCACGGCGAUAAUAGGCUCGGAGGCUCUUCGCUGCUCGAAUGUGUCGUCUUUGGACGGGUGGCCGGUCGUGAGGCUGCUGAGGCUGCCAAGUAGACUUGCGAGUCGCCCUAUGAGUAGACUGACUCAAUAUUUCAUCGUCUUUUUCAACCAGACACCUGGAGAGGGCCGGGCUGGCAGCGCUGCACGCUACUGAAGCUGAAUAAACCGACGUCUGGGAAAGCCAUUCUUCUCAAAUCCGGUUGCACGGGGGGGGGGCUGUUUUGAUCUACCCUCGAGGCCCAGCAUGGCAAGUCCUCGUCUAUCCAGGUUCCGGCCAAAGAAAACCCUUUAGCCUCACUUCCAUGCUGGUUUCCUUCUCCCAAUCCAUAACCUCGUAUCAGACACCGAGCAAUAGUCUUUCAGAUGUUCGGCAUGUGUAUCCUCCGUGACGGCCCCGUGUCUCAACAACAAAUUUCGAACUCCCUCGCCGACCCCAUCAUCCCUUCGUUGUCCAUCCAUCCGUCCAUCCAUGCAUCAGACCAAA